AGGUCUACGGAGGUCUACAGAGUGAGUUCCAGGACAGCCAGAGCUACACAGGGAAACCCUGUCUUGAAAAACGAAGAAACAAACAAAAAUAAAAAACAAACAAAACCCACAAAAACAAUGAGAAGUCUAAAGGUUUGUAAGCAGAAAGUAAUAUGAUUUGAACUGUUUCAGGAAAAAAAAAACCCACUAUAUGAAUGGACAGGACAAGACAGAAUGGAGGGUGGUUGAAGUGGCAUUCAUUUGCCCAAGCAACAGCAAGGGUGGCUCAACCUAGGGUAGUUGUAAGUUUUUGGUUAGUGGCUCAGCAGCACCUUCUAGGAUUGGGCUAACCAAUGACAGCAAAUCCACAAGCUCAGAGGUUGACAAAUUCUUCAUGCUUAGUGGGCCUUGACUUUCUAAUGUUCCCCAUCAGUCAUGGCUUAGGCUGGUUUUAAAACUCCCUCAGCAUACUGGGCUCAGUGCUUUGAGCUGCCUCUCUGCAGACCCACUCUAAAGGAGUUAGUCUUGAAAAGUGAGCAAAAUUUACAGCCAGGGCUUCUCCUUUUUGUCAGUCCUUUCUUCCUUUAAAUGUUCCUCUCCCAACCUCUGCAGAAUUUGUCCUCCUGACACCAUUUCCUCAGAAUGCUGCUCUUGGGAAAAGGGGAAAGUAAUCAAGUGACACAAAUUGCUACCAGCUUAACCGUGUCUGAGGUCAUUUGUUCUAUUACUUUAGUGACCUCUAAGACAUGAUGUGGUAACUGCGUAAAUAAAGGUGGCUAUUUUGAGGUGGGAUGGAUGGCCUGAAAUUCCAUUUUACUCUGGGGACAUAGCUCAGUGGGAGGGUGUUGUCUGGUGAGGACUUUAUCUAGAAUGAACUUGGACUACUGUAGCUUGACUCACAAAGUAGCAGGAUUCAAACCACAUACUUGGGCCUGGUAUUCCACUGGGAUCUCAGGGAAGAUCUUAAUUUUUUCCUGUCAGCUCUAGCCCAGAGGUGGGCUAGAGGACUUGAGGAGGCUCCCCAGGGGAAAGGUAGAACUGAGAAAUAGAGACAGAAUAGCCAUGACAUCCUAGACAAGUUAAAGAGAGUCUCAUUGGUAAACUGGAAGCUACUAAAGCAGAAUUGCAGAGCUCUGCCCCCAGCUUGUCCCUACUGCCCAGCAAUGAUUGUAGAGUGUAACCUUACAAUAAAACAUUACCUCACAUCUGACAACUUAUUCUAACCAAUGCUGACUGAUCUCGAUUUUUUUUCUCCCCUCCACAAUUUCUUCUCUACCUGGGCAGGCUGGAGCCCACUUAAGGGUAAGCAACAUGAAAUCACAAUCCCUUGCCUUACAGGUAGGGUAAGCAUGCUUCAUUUUGCUUUGGUUACAUCAUCUUUUCAUUUGUUGUGUUCUCCAAUCCACAGAUGCUAAUUAACUUCACACUGAAUCAUCUUUGUCUUCCACACUGGAUAGUUUCUAAUUCUUUCAAGCUUAUUCAUCUGUAUUUGCAAUGAUUAUCUCAGGUCUUUCCCUUGUGAUAAUACUGCAUAGUUCUUCAGGAGUGUAUGAUCUCUGUAGCUUUAAAUUAUUAGUGUCAUAAUGGUUCAAUUUAGGCUCUCGUGUGUGUGUGUGUGUGUGUGUGUGUGUGUGUGUGUGUGUGUGUGUGUGUGUGUACACGUGGGUGCACAUGUGUGCCGGUACAUGUGGAGGCUAGAAGUCAAUGUCUGGUUUCUUCCUCUAUCAUUGUCUACCUUAAUUUUUUUUUCUUUAAGACAGGCUUUCUCACUGAAUCCAGAGCUCUCUGAUUCCACUAGACUAACUGGCUAGCAAGCCCAAGGGAUCCAGCUAUCUUUAUCUCCCCAGCACUGAGAUUACAGGCACAGGCUGGGUGUGGGGCUCCAAACUCAAGGCCUCACAUUUGCACAUCAGGCACUUUACCACUGAGCCAUCUCCCCAGACCACAAGACAGAGUCUCCUUAUUCAGCUCUGACACUGCUGUAUAGCCUAGGCUGACCUCAAAGUCAAAUCAAUCCUCUAACCAACACAACACAGCCCUUGCUGGGAUCACAGGCUUGACUCAUCACUCCUGGUUUAUAUGAUGCUUUUUCUUGUAUAACUAUUAAGUUGCCUCUGAAGAUAUGUCUGAAAUCCAAAGAUAUUUUAAGCAACUUGCAACAUUACAGCAAAUUUAUGGCCUCUCAAGCUUUAUAGCUUAGGGGGAAAGCACUCAACUUGACUGUCACAAUUUUGGUUUCAUCAGCUACAAAUUAUGUUAUUUCUACAAUUAAAAACCCCAUGAUUUAGGCCACACCUCGUUUGUUUUUUUUUUUUUUCUUUUUAAGCAAAAGCACUGCUAUUUUUACCAGAGUAGUCUGCAAAUCAUUAUCUAGGUCCAAAAAUCGGGUUUAUUGUCAGAGAGGGCAAACCCUUGUCCUCAAAGGGAAGGCACCAUGUAUGAUGAAAUCCUCUGAGAAACGGAAGUACCGUUAGCCCAUUGUGCAGUGUCUGUGACCACUCUGAUGACAAAGAUCUUUCUGCAUUACAAGCUGUUCAGAGUAAGUCAUAAACAUGCACUUUGGCUGCACCAUGGAUGGGGGUGGAGGUGUCUCAUUGGCACACUUAGAGGCCCAAGUUAAACAUAAACUAGUUUUUGGAAGAGACUGGAGCUACAGAAUAAAAUUUAAAAUACACAUUUAACCGCAUGCAACUAAUUAAAAAUAUUUUCUGAUAGUUAGAUUUUAUAUGUAGUCUAAACUUUGUUAGGCUAAAUCUUUAUAAUUCUAUGCAGCAUGGGCUAACUGAAAGCUUCGGAGCAUUAUGCCAAGUAUUCAUGAUGCAGAUUUAGUUUAUCCUAACAAUCCACACUCACCGGUCCUGAUGUGCAUCUCAUUAGAACCCAACCCUGCACUCAUCUGAAGUCUGAUACAUUAAUGAGAAAUAUUACUGGUGCAUAAUAGCACAAGUCACCUUUCUAAGAUCACAUCUGCCUUAUUUAUUUUUGUUUAUUUUUGUGUGUGUGGUGCCAGAGGUUGGUAUUAGUUGUCUUUUUCUACUGCUGUCUGUGUUAUCAUUACUGUUGGUGAAGAUAGUUUUGUUUUGUUUUGUUUUGUUUGACAGGGUCUCAUGUGUAGCGCUGGCUGGCCUGGGACUCACUAAGUAGACAGGCUGACCUCAGACUCACAGAUCUACCUCCUUCUGCCUCCCAAGUGCUGAAAUUGCAGGUGUUUCCUACUACAUGCAGAUUCUACCUUAGUGGUUCUCACUUCACCUGGUGCUUGCCAUCUGUCUGGACCCCAAUGCUUCACCUCAGGCUUACAGGCAGGCUCCCCCAGGUCUUAAGGGGGUGAUGAGGACUGAACCUCAGGUCCUCAUGCUUGCAGAGCAAGCACUUUACCCACUCCCCAGCUCCUUGCUUAUUUAUGUUUAGAUGUCAUUUUAUUAUUAUUACUGGGUGAGCUGUCUGUGCCACAGCACAAGUAUGGAGGUCAAUUUCUCUUUGGUGUCAGUUCUCUCCUCCCACUUUUAUGUAAACUCUGGGGAUCAAGUUCUGGCCUCUAGACUUGCAAAAUAAGCUCCUUUAUCCAGGUCCUCUUUAUUUAUUUUUUGAGACAGGGUGUCAUGUAUCCUAGACUGGCUUUGAACUCAAAAUGUUUCAGAGAAAGAUCUAGACCUUCUAAUCCUCCUGCCUCCACAUCCUGAGUGCUGAUAUUAUAAGUGUGCACAUUUGUGCAGUGGGAGGUGGGGAAAUCCAAGCUGUUUGUUAGGCAAGCACUCUCCUAACUAAGUUACACCUCCCCACACACAUCUGCCUUUUAGUGUGUGUUGGGCAGGGGUUGAGCACAUGUGUAUGCUUGCAUGGCAGUGGCUUGUACAGGGACACAAGUUACAACAUAUGUACCUUUCGACCCUGUUUAAGACAGGGCUUCUCACCACGGAGUAUGCUAGGCUAGCUGGCCUGGGAGCGUCUGGGGAUUCUCCUGCCUCCCAUCUCUCCACAGUGGUAGGCUAGGAUCACAGACACUUAUGUUUCUGUGUCUCACUUUCACAUGAUUUCUGGAGACCCAAACUCAGUUUGUCAGGCUUUCAUGACAAGUGCUUUUAUCCACUGGCCCACAUCCCCAGCACUGCAUCUGCUUGUUUGUUUGUUUUGUUUUUUGUUUUGGGGGGACAGGGUUUCUCUGUGUAACAGCCCUGGCUAUCCUGAAACUUGAUCUGUAGUUCAGGCUGGCCUUGAACUCACAGAGAUCCACCUGCCUCUGCCUCCCAAGUGCUGAGAUUAGAGGCAUUCACCACCACCGGGUUAUCACAUCUGCUUUUUAAUUAGUAAGGGUCAUCAAUAUCUUUACCCAAAACAUCAAUUAAUUAUGCCAUAAUUUAAUACAUACCCAUAGAACGAAUAUGAUGCUCUUAACUAAGUAUGAGACCCUGUCUCAAAAAAAGGGAGUAAAAAAACAAGUUUAAAAGAAAAAAGUGGGAAGAAUGGCUUUCAUACAGGGGCCAGGAAGCAGCUAAGCUUGACUGGAAUGUAUACUUCUGCAUACUCACUCAGUUUCAGUGAAUGUAUGGGUGGGUGCACGUAAAAAAUGAACAGAGGCCGGGUGGUGGUGGUGCACGCUUUUAGUCCCAGCACUUGGGAGGCAGAGGCAGGCGGAUCUUUGUGAGUUCGAGGCCAACCUGGUCUAUAAGAGUUAGUUCCAGAACAGCCUCCAAAUCCAGAGAAACCUUGUCAAAAAAAAAAAAAUGAACACAGGAAGGCUAAGGCUAGAAAGAUGGCCCCAAGUCCUGAAGCAAUGUCCUAAUUGUUUUCCUUCCUCUUAUUCUCUUUUCCUUCCAUUCCCACAGCCUCCAGAGCGAUUUUUCUACAUUGCAGAUCUGAUUAAAGUCCUUUUUCUCAUCCACACUCUUCAGUCAUUUUCAGUUGAAGAUAUUGCUCAAACUGCUUAGCAUCAUUUGCAAGUCUCAUCCUCUUGUGUCUACCUGCCAUCUCAGCAAACCUGUAGCUUCUCAAAUGCAGCAUCCUCUCUGCCUUAGAUUUCCCUCACCCCAUAUAUCUCUUAACAGUUCCAUAAUUUACUUCUCUCAUCCAGAUAGCCAAUUGUCUUGUCAUUACUUUACAAAUUUAUUGUUCUUUGUCUGAAGAAUAUAAAAGCACCAUGCUUUGGGCAUUUCUUCAGACUUCAUUCUCUUGUGAACAUCCCCAUAUACAUGUAAAUUUAAUAAAACUUUAUGCUUUUGCUCUUAUUAAUCAGUUUUUAUACUAAUUGGGUUCCUAGAUCCAGCCAAAGAGCCCACAUAAGAACUAAGAGGGGGUCGAGAGAACCUCUUUCCCCUCUACAUUCAUAUAAUUGGCUUCUCAGGAUGGAUGUCACUCGCCUACUCCUGGCCACCCUAGUGGGCUUCUUAUGCUUCCUUGCCAUCUACAGCCACAUGGUACCUGAGGAGACACUCAGAGAUGACAGGAGUCUGAGGAGCAACUCCUCCAUGAACUCAUUGGAUUUCUCUUCUGUUUCUAUCGUGGCACUGAACAAGAAAUCCAAGAAGAUCAACAGAAAAGAAGCCGAGAAGCAGAAGAGAUCGUCCAAGAAAAAGGCCUCGACGAAGAAGGUGGCACGGCCCCCGCCACCCACGCCCUGCGUGGCCACCCGAGACAGCUGCAAGCCGCCUGCACCCGCCUGCUGCGACCCGUGCGCCUCCUGCCAGUGUCGCUUCUUCCGCAGCGCCUGCACCUGCCGCGCGCUCAACCCCAACUGCUGAACGCACUUCCGCGCUGCGCGCGCAGCCUCCGAGAUGGGUGAUUGGGCGGGGCUUCAAGGCUGAGGGAGGGGUCUCUUCGUGGGUGGGCGUGGUCUAGGGUGGUGGGUGCUUUCCGAUGACAGGUGUUCAAGGAACCCUAAUGGAAGCUAAAAUCAGAAUACAGUAUCUUUCGGCUGCUGGGAAA